AUUCAUGCGCAUUUCGCCUGAGCUCUAUCUUAAGGAGCUUGUUGUUGGUGUACUUGACCGUGUUUAUGAGAUUGGAAAGCAGUUCAGAAAUGAGGGCAUCGAUUUGAUGCAUAAUCCUGAGUUCACCACCUGUGAGUUCUAUAUGGCUUUUGCUGACUACAAUGACUUGAUGGAACUCACUGAGACAAUGUUGAGUGGGAUGGUAAAGGAACUUACAGGCGGAUAUAAAAUUAAAUAUCAUGCAAAUGGGCUGGAUGAGGAUCCAAUUGAGAUUGACUUCACUCCACCUUUCAGAAGGAUUGACAUGAUAGAAGAAUUAGAGAAGAUGGCGAACCUCAAUAUUCCCAAGGACUUUUCCAGUGAUGAGGCCAACAAAUAUUUGAAAGACGUAUGCACGAAGUAUGAGAUCAAAUGUACCCCUCCUGAAACAACAGCGCGUUUGUUGGACAAAGUCAGUUCUCUGCUUAGUCCUUUUUAAAUUUUUUUUAUUACUUUAUUGAACAUAAAUUAGGUAGU